CUUGUGACAACGUCCUUCUGUUGCUUUGGAAAUCUGGCAUUUUAUAAUGUUGGAGAUGUCGUGGUGUGAAGGUUUGGGAGGCAAGAUGACUUUGGUUAAAUUGCUCCUGUCCUUAUUGCUGCUACAAACGUUUUCUGAAGCCUCUAAUCAGCCACCUCGUUUCCAGAAUUACUUCUUCCAGUCGUACCUGCUCAUCUAUGAGAACACACCAGUGGGUUCAUCCAUUACCCAGCUGCAGGCGGUCGAUCCGGACGGUGAGCCGCUGAUUUUCGGAGUGGUCGGGGAAGAGGCCAUGCGGUACUUCGCUGUGCAGGAGACGACUGGGGUGGUGUGGCUGAGACAGCCGCUCGACAGGGAGACAAAGUCAGAGAUGCAGGUGGAGUUCUCAGUCAGUGACAGUCAAGGGGUCGUCAAGGAUACAGUGAACAUUCAGAUCGGAGACGUAAAUGACAAUGCUCCAACAUUUCACAACCAGCCGUAUGCCAUUCAAAUUCCAGAGAACACUCCAGUCGGAACCUCAGUGAUAAUGGUGAACGCGACGGACCCGGAUCAAGGCGUGGGUGGUAGUGUACUCUUCUCCUUCCAGCCUCCCUCUCCGUUCUUCUCCAUUGAUGGGGCCAGAGGAAUCGUUACUGUGACGAGAGCGCUGGACUAUGAGACGACAACCAGCUAUCAGCUCACUGUUAAUGCCACGGACCAGGAUAGACGCCGUCCGCUCUCUAGUCUGUCUAAUUUGGCAAUUUCCAUCACUGAUAUCCAAGAUAUGGACCCCAUCUUCACCAACCUCCCCUACAGCACCAAUAUAAUGGAGGACGCACCACCAGGUUUUGAAGUCCGUAGGAUUAGGGCGAUGGAUCAGGACUUGGGUCGACCACGUGGAAUUGGAUAUACGAUCAUGUCAGGUAACACCAACAGCAUGUUUGCUCUCGACUACAUCAGCGGAUCUCUGACCGUGAGCGGCCAGCUGGACCGGGAGAACCCGCUGUACUCAUCCGGAUUCACCAUCACAGUGAAGGCGACAGAGCUGAAUGAGGACCGCACGCCCUCGUCUGCCACCGUCAUGACCACCUUCACCAUCUUGCUGAUCGAUAAAAAUGACAAUCCACCCAGAUUCAACAGCUCUGAGUAUCGUGUCCUGAUCCCCGAGCUGGCGCAGGUCGGCUUCGCCCUGCCUCUGUACAUACAGGUCGAAGACAAAGAUGAGGGGGUGAACAGCAUGUUUCAGGUGGUCCUGACUGGAAAUAACUCUGAGCACUUCAGCAUCUCUCCCACCGCAGUGCAGGGCAGAGCUGACCUCCGCGUGCGAGUGGCCGUCCCGCUGGACUACGAAACCAUCAGGAGCUACAGCUUUUCUCUGUAUGCCAACGAGUCUCUGUCAGAGCAUGUGGGGUUUGCUCGGGUCUUCAUCGACCUCAUCAAUGAGAACGACAACAGGCCGAUCUUCAGCCAGGCUCUUUAUAACAUCAGUUUACUUGAGAGCACCGCUCCUGGAACAUCUCUACUGCAAAUAAAGGCCACGGAUAAUGACAUUGGCACGUUUGGAGUGGUUCGGUAUUACUUCAGCGAUGAGCCAGACCAGUUCUCAAUGGAUGUGGAGACGGGUUGGGUGACUCUGCGAGACCGGCUGGAUUAUGAGCUCAUGAGGCGCUUCACUCUAACGAUACUGGCUCGGGAUGGAGGAGGGGAGGAGACUACGGGACGUCUCCGCAUUAACGUGAUGGAUGUAAACGACAAUGCGCCAAUCUUCCAGAAGGAGGCGUAUACAGGUUCGCUCAUGGAGAACGAACAGGCUCCACAGCAGGUCGUCCGGGCCCGGGCGACGGACGAGGACUCUCCUCCCAAUAACAUCCUGACCUACUCCAUCAUCUACGCUUCUCAGUUCAGAUCAUAUUUCAGCAUCACUGUGGUGGAGGGCUAUGCAGUCAUCACGGUGAAUCGUCCUCUGGAUUAUGAGCAGGUCCCCGCUGGAUUGAUCUAUCUGACUCUGAUGGCCAGAGACGGAGGGAACCCGUCCCUCAACAGCACUGUUCCCAUCACCAUAGAGCUGUUUGACGAGAACGACAACCCACCCGAGUUCAGCCUCCCGUCUUAUAUCGUCAACAUACCGGAGAAUAUCGUUGCAGGAGCUACGGUGUUGUUUGUGAAUGCCACCGAUCUGGACGCCUCUCGAGAGUUUGGUCAGGCCUCUCUCAUCUAUUCCCUGCAGGGCAGCUCACAGUUCAGACUCAACACGCGUUCAGGAGAGAUCACCACUACUGCUCUUCUGGAUCGAGAGGUGAAGUCUGAGUAUAUUCUGAUCAUAAGAGCCGUGGAUGGUGGGGUGGGGCCACAGCAGAAAAUCGGCAUCGCUACGGUGAACAUCACUAUUCUGGACAUAAAUGAUAACGCCCCCAUGUGGCGAGAUGAGCCGUAUCAAGCAAACGUUGUGGAGAUGAGUCCCAUCGAUACCGACGUCAUUACUAUAUUAGCGGUGGACCCUGAUUAUGGUGAUAAUGGGACGGUGGUUUAUUCCAUAAAUCCAGAGAACCCCUUCUACACCAUCAACCGCAACACUGGGAAGAUCCGCACCAGUGGAGCUGUGCUGGACAGAGAGAGUCAAAACGCCCGGUCCGCACAGCUUAUGAGGACCAUCGUUAUCUCUGCUACCGACCGUGGGACUCCUCCACUGCGCUCUUCAGCCAGCACUACGGUGUAUGUGAACCUCCUGGACCUCAAUGACAACGACCCUGCCUUUCUCAACCUCCCAUUUGUUGCUGAAGUACCAGAGGGGCUUCCUAUUGGAUCUUCUGUGUUCAGGGUGCAGGUGCAGGACCCUGAUGAAGGUGACAAUGGCGCGGUGACCAUGGCUCUUCAGAUGGGGAUGCCGCGGCUGGACUUCAGGCUCAACAUCACCACAGGAAUCCUGUUUUCCACGGCAGUGCUGGACCGCGAGCAGAUUGGCCAGUAUUAUCUGAGAAUUAUUGCGUAUGACGCAGGCCAGUUUCCACGAACGUCCACGAGCACUCUCACCAUCACAGUUUUGGACAUGAAUGAUGAGACGCCAACCUUCUAUCCCAGCGUUUAUAACGUAUCGUUGGAUGAGAACGUGCCCCGUGAUUAUGUGCUGGUCAGACUGAACUGCACAGACAAUGACGCGGGUCUUAACGCAGAGCUCAGCUAUUUUAUCACAGGAGGGAACCAAGAUGGAAAGUUUAGCGUGGGCUUCCGGACCGGUGUGGUACGGACCGUGGUGGGUCUGGAUCGGGAGACUCAGGGCUCGUACAGGCUGGUGAUUGAAGCGAUUGAUAAUGGUCCAGCGGGAGGACGGAGAACAGGCACAGCUACAGUAUAUGUGGAGGUGCUGGACGUCAAUGACAACAGGCCUAUAUUUAUCCAGAACAGCUAUGAGACCAGCGUCCUGGAGAACAUAUCAAGAGGAACUAGUAUAUUACAGGUUCAGGCCACAGAUGCGGAUCAGGGGGAGAAUGGAAGAGUUCUGUACAGGAUUCUCUCCGGAAACAAUGGUCAGUUUAGCAUGGACAGUCUGUCUGGACUCAUCAGCAGAGGAACUGUGGCUUUGGACCGAGAGACGCGCAGCUCUCAUGUGCUGGAGGUGGAGGCCUACAACAGUGACCAGGGCAGCAUGCGCAGCUCUGUUAGGGUGAUUGUGUACGUGGAGGACGUGAAUGACGAGUCUCCAGUCUUCACUCAGUCGCAGUACAAUCGUCUGGGGCUCAGAGAGACUGCUGGGAUUGGUACAUCUGUGGUAGUGGUCCGAGCUACAGACCCCGACACAGGGGAUGGGGGAGCUGUGGCAUACGCUCUGGUCUCCGGUUCUGACCGUAAGUUUGAGGUGGAUAUGAGUACGGGGCUGGUGACCACAGUGGAUUACUUGGACUACGAGACCAAGACCAGCUAUUUAAUGAACGUCUCAGCCACGGAUCAGUCAGCGCCGUUCCACCGUGGCUACUGCACCGUUUACGUCACUUUACUCAAUGAACUGGACGAAGCCGUAGCCUUUCUAUCAGCCGGAUACGAGAUAUCACUGAGGGAGAACAUCGCCACAGGAACGGAGGUGGUCCAGGUGAAGGCGCAGUCGGCUGAUAACCUGAACCAGCUGACGUACCGCUUCGACCCCGACACCUCACCUGCUGCCCUGGCGCUCUUUAAGAUCGACAGCAUCACGGGCCGUAUUACUGUGACGGGACAGUUGGACAGAGAACAGGGGGAUUCAUACACUCUCACGGUUGUGGCCGAUGAUGGAGGACCCAAGAGAGACUCCACUGUGAAGGUUUCAAUCACCAUUCUCGACGAGAAUGACAACAGCCCAGAGUUUGACAUCACUUCGGAUCUGUCGGUGGCUAUUCCAGAGGACACUCCCAUUGGCCAGAGAGUCGCGGUCGUGUUGGCACGGGACAAAGACGCUGGAAGAAACGGAUUGGUCAAUUUCACCUUGAUCGCGGGGAACAUGCAGGACGUGUUUAAGAUCAACACAGCCAAUAACACGUAUGGAGAGGUUUACUUGAAUGCCCGUCUGGACCGUGAGGCCGUGGACCGCUACCUGCUAAAAGUGCGGGCGACGGAUAAUGGCUCCCCUCCGAGGUUCACAGAUGUGUCGCUCACUGUGAAUAUUAUGGAUGUAAACGAUAACCCUCCAGUGAUGCAGAGCCCUCGUGGAUACAACGUCAGCGUCAAUGAGAAUGUAGGGGGUGGUACAGCGGUCCUGCGUGUCGUAGCGACGGAUCGUGACAUCGGACCCAACGCCAUGCUGUCGUACUACAUCACCGGUGGGAACCAGGACCUGACCUUCAGAAUAGACCGUAUGACGGGAGAGAUAGUGACCCGACCGUCACCUCCUGACAGAGAAAAACAGCAGCAGUACACACUCACCGUGACUGUGGAAGAUGAUGGCACGCCACCUUUAUCAACGUCCACCACCGUGUGGGUGCAAAUAAUUGAUGAAAAUGACAACGCACCUGAGUUUCCGGAGGAAGAGUAUGUGACGGAGCUCAGAGAGGGGCCAAACACUGUAGGAGCCAUCAUCGCCACAGUUACAGCCAUCGACCCUGACGAAGAUCUCAACGGAACCAUCCGUUAUGCCAUCUCCAGGGGCAACCUGGCCCAGACCUUCCAGAUCAAUAGCGUAACGGGUCAGAUUGUUGUCUUUAAGGAACUGGAUUAUGAGAUCAGUAACGGUCACUAUGUGCUGACGGUCACAGCCACAGACCAGUGUCCUAUACCUCAGUUUAGACUGACCUCUAGCACCACAGUCCUGGUGAAUGUGGUCGACGUGAACGAUAACGCACCCAUCUUCCCGAGUUCAUUCGAAGGUCCGUUUGAUAUCCCAGAGGGUCAGCCGGGCCCACGUGUCUGGACCGUUAGAGCCACGGAUGCCGACUCUGGAUCCAAUGGAAAAGUGGAGUACAGCAUCACUGCAGGGGACCUGAAAAAUGAGUUUGUAAUCUCUUCAGUUGAGGGAGAGUUGAGAGUGAGGAGAGAUGUAGAGCUGGACAGAGAAACUAUCGCCUAUUACAACAUCACCAUUACUGCCAAAGAUCUGGGAACGCCAGCGCUCAGCGCUAUGGUGACAGUGGGCAUUCAGGUGUUGGACAUUAAUGAUAACGACCCCGUCCUGCUCAACUUACCAUUUAACACCAGCGUGAGCGAGGGAGCAGCGAUUUACACUUCCAUCUAUCAAGUGCGGGCGCAAGACUCUGACAGCGGCCGCAACGCUCUCCUCACAUACAGCGUCACUGCCGGCAACACUGAUGGAGCGUUCUACAUUAAUGAGACGUCAGGUGUGCUUCAGGUGAACAGGCCUCUGGAUAGAGAGAGAGUGGCUGAAUACAGACUCACCAUCACCGUCAAAGACAACCCAGACAACCCUCGCAUCGCACGCAGGGACUCAGAUUUGUUGGUAGUUGCCGUGCUGGAUGUGAAUGACAACAGGCCCAUCUUCACCCAGACCAGCUACAGGGGCGAAAUCAGUGAAAACUCACUCAACGGCACCACAGUGUUGAUCCUGAACGGCCCUGUUCUAGCAGAGGACAGAGACAUUGGGGUGAAUGCAGUGGUGAGGUAUCGUCUCCUGGGAGCCAGAGUGGACCUCUUCUCGAUAGACUCCCUCACAGGGCUGGUAUCAGUGCGUGGGGGUGCUGUUCUGGACCGGGAGGCUUUCUCUGUGCCUCGGGUGGAGCUGUUUCUACUCGGGGAGGAUGUGGGAGGUUUAAACAGCAGCGUUCCACUCACAAUCACUAUCCUCGACAUAAACGACAACCCACCUGUCUUCAAUCCAUCCAGUUUCACUGUACACCUGCCAGAGAACAGCCCCACGGGUGUGGUAGUAACGCAGCUCUCGGCGAGUGACGCUGACGCCGGCUCUAACGGUUGGUUGCAGUAUCGAUUAGACACCGGCGCUCAAGACCGUUUCAUCGUUGACGCUCUCUCUGGUGCGGUUCUGGUCGGCAAUGCUACACUGGACCGGGAGGAACGUAGCUCGUACCGCCUGGUAGUCAUAGCAACUGACCGAGGCACGCCCUCUCUCUCCGGGACGGCGACAUUGUCUGUUGUUCUAGAUGACAUCAACGACUCACGUCCUCGUUUCAUACGGCCCGUGCAGACGAUCAGCGUCAACGAGUCAACUCCACCUGGAGAGGUUGUAGCUACGCUCACCGCCGAGGACCCUGAUCUACGACCCCGCCUGGAGUAUUACAUCAUCUCUGUGGAAGCAAAGGAUGAUGGGAAUAAUCCAGUGGAUGGGCUGCAGCAGUCGUUUGGGAUUGACUUCCACACAGGGGCUGUGUUUGUACGAAACCCCUUGAACCGAGAGCUGGUUGCCACUUUUGAGAUCAUCGUUUCAGUGCAUGACAACGCCAGUGAUGUCAUUGACAUGUCAGUCAGUGUACCUAACGCCAAAUUGACCAUCAACGUGCUGGACGUGAAUGACAACGCUCCUCGUUUUCGCCCUUUCGGCGUGGCGAACUUCUCCGAGAGGAUUCUGGAGGGUGCUGUGGCUGGUACCACACUUCUGUCGGUGACGGCUGUUGAUCCUGAUAAAGGACCCAAUGGACAGAUCAUCUACCAGCUCCUGCACCUGCCCCGUGGAGACUACAUUAGACUUGAAGAUCCAUCUACAGGUAAAAUUGUGGCCAAUCGGACGGUAGAUUAUGAACAAGUGCAGUGGUUGAACUUCACGGUGCGUGCUCAGGACUAUGGCUCGCCUCCUCGCUUCGCUGAACUUCCUGUCUAUCUGCGCAUCGUCGAUGUCAACGACAACAACCCAGUCUUUCAACAACCUUUAUAUCAGAAGUCCAUUUUUGAGGAUGUUGCACUCGGCACCAUUAUUGUGAGCGUGAGUGCGACAGAUGCAGACUCUGGCCUGUUUUCUGUCAUUGAAUACGGGCUAGUGGAUGGAGAGGGCAGGUUUGGCAUCACACCCAGUACGGGUGACAUCUACGUCCUGUCUGCUCUAGACAGAGAGACCAAAGACCGCUACACUCUCACAGCCUUUGCCAGAGACAACCCUGGCGGCAGCCCCAACAACCGCAGAGAAAACUCCGUCCAGGUGUGGAUGAGCUCCAAAAAAUAGGAAAUUGAGCCCAUUUGAUUGCGUCACAUCACAAUUAUGACUUCAAAACAUGAAAAUAGAGACUUGGUUCUGGCUAGAGCUAGAUUUGACUCAUUCAGACACAACCAGAUGAACCUGUGACAUCCUCUUAGUAUGGAAUCAACCCGUUCUGCAAACUGCAAAGACCAGUUGACCUCAGGCACA